UGCCACAGCAGGGCCGAGGCUCUGAUUCCAGGGGGAGGCAGACUCCGCCCUGGCUGGAAGAACUAGGUGCUCCUGCCCGCUGUCCCCUCGCGCGUGAGGAUCAAUCUCAGGCUAAGAAAUGGCAUUUCAAAAGGCAGUGAAAGGGACUAUUCUUGUUGGAGGAGGUGCUCUUGCAACUGUUUUAGGACUCUCUCAUUUUGCUCAUUACAGAAGGAAGCAAGCGAACCUGGCCUACGUUGAAGCUGCAGAUUUCAUUUCAGAACCUGUUAAUAGGGAGCCUCCUUCCAGAGAAGCUCAGCUACUGACUUUGCAAAACACCUCUGAGUUUGAUAUCCUUGUUAUUGGAGGAGGAGCAACAGGAAGUGGCUGUGCGCUGGAUGCUGUCACCAGAGGACUAACAACAGCCCUCGUAGAAAGAGAUGAUUUCUCAUCAGGGACCAGCAGCAGAAGCACUAAAUUGAUCCAUGGUGGUGUGAGAUAUCUUCAGAAGGCCAUCAUGAAGUUGGAUAUUGAGCAGUAUAGAAUGGUAAAAGAAGCCCUUCAUGAGCGUGCCAACCUACUAGAAAUUGCUCCUCAUUUAUCAGCUCCAUUGCCUAUAAUGCUUCCAGUUUACAAGUGGUGGCAAUUACCUUACUACUGGGUAGGAAUCAAGCUGUAUGAUCUGGUUGCAGGAAGUAAUUGUCUGAAAAGCAGUUAUGUCCUCAGCAAAUCAAGAGCCCUUGAGCAUUUCCCAAUGCUCCAGAAGGACAAACUGGUAGGAGCAAUUGUCUACUAUGAUGGACAACACAAUGAUGCACGGAUGAACCUUGCCAUUGCUCUCACUGCUGCCAGGUAUGGGGCUGCCACAGCCAAUUACAUGGAGGUUGUGAGCUUGCUCAAGAAGACAGACCCCGAAACAGGCAAAGAGCGCGUGAGCGGUGCACGGUGCAAAGAUGUCCUCACAGGGAAGGAAUUUGAUGUGAGAGCCAAAUGUGUUAUCAAUGCUACGGGACCUUUCACAGACUCUGUGCGCAAAAUGGAUGAUAAGAGCUCUGCUGCUAUCUGCCAGCCAAGUGCUGGUGUCCACAUCGUGAUGCCUGGCUAUUACAGCCCAGAGAGCAUGGGACUUCUCGACCCAGCGACCAGUGAUGGGAGAGUUAUUUUCUUCUUACCCUGGCAAAAGAUGACUAUAGCUGGCACUACGGAUACUCCAACUGAUAUUACACACCAUCCUAUUCCUUCAGAAGAAGAUAUCAACUUCAUUUUGAAUGAAGUGCGUAACUACUUGAGUUGUGAUGUUGAAGUGAGAAGAGGUGAUGUUCUGGCAGCGUGGAGUGGUAUCCGUCCCCUCGUUACAGAUCCAAACUCUGCAGAUACCCAGUCCAUCUCCCGAAAUCAUGUUGUUGAUAUCAGUGAGAGUGGCCUUAUCACCAUAGCAGGUGGGAAGUGGACAACUUAUCGAUCUAUGGCAGAAGAUACCAUCAAUGCUGCUGUCAAGACUCACAAUUUGAAAGCAGGGCCAAGUAGAACAGUUGGGCUUUUCCUUCAGGGGGGUAAAGAUUGGAGCCCCACGCUCUAUAUUAGGCUUGUCCAGGAUUAUGGACUUGAAAGUGAGGUGGCACAACAUCUUGCCGCCACCUAUGGUGACAAGGCUUUCGAGGUGGCCAAAAUGGCAAGUGUGACUGGGAAAAGGUGGCCUAUUGUUGGAGUGCGUCUUGUGUCAGAAUUUCCAUAUAUUGAAGCGGAGGUGAAAUAUGGGAUUAAGGAGUAUGCCUGCACCGCGGUGGAUAUGAUUUCACGUCGCACUCGCCUGGCCUUUCUAAAUGUCCAGGCAGCAGAGGAAGCCCUACCCAGGAUUGUUGAACUGAUGGGCAGAGAACUGAAUUGGGAUGAUUAUAAGAAAGAGGAAGAACUUGAAACAGCCAAGAAGUUUCUUUAUUAUGAAAUGGGCUAUAAAUCUCGAUCAGAACAGUUAACAGAUCGCACUGAAAUUAGCCUACUGCCUUCAGACAUUGACAGGUACAAGAAGAGAUUUCAUAAGUUUGAUGCAGACCAAAAAGGCUUCAUUACCAUUGUUGAUGUUCAGCGUGUAUUAGAGAGUAUCAGUGUCCAAAUGGAUGAAAAUACACUCCAUGAAAUUCUGAAUGAAGUAGAUUUGAACAAAAAUGGACAGGUUGAGCUCAAUGAAUUUUUGCAGCUGAUGAGUGCUAUUCAAAAAGGAAGGGUGUCUGGAAGUCGGCUUGCUAUACUAAUGAAAACUGCAGAGGAGAACCUUGACAGAAGAGUCCCAAUUCCAGUGGACCGUAGCUGUGGAGGAUUGUGAGUCUGAGCAGUAAAUCCACAGUGAACAAACAUAGGAACAACAAAUCACCAUGCAACAAACAAAGAUGACUUAAACCACCCUAAAAUAAUGGAUAAGGAGAGCUGCCUUUUUUGACACUGGAAAACAUUCCAAAACUUUAGGAUGUUGGUGUACUUACCAACUUUCUUUGUUGAUAACUUAUUUGUAUUUGCUGUUCAAUGUAGCUUCUAAAAAGAGUGUUUUUAGACAUUUUUUUUCUCAUUUUCAAUGCACAUUGAUUUAAUGUUUUGCAUCCAUUUUGUGACCUGUUAGACUUGACAUGCUCACUUUUUGUUUAUUCAUUUAUUCUGAAUCAAUUCUAGAGGCAGAAUAUUUUGGCAGAAAUUGAAAAGAGAAACUGGAAAAGUAUUGUGAUAUGCACAAAGCUCUGGACUUUAAACUUAAAGAUUGCAUUUAUUGUUAAAAAGGGUGACCUAUUGAAAUGAUAGUCUUUCUGGAGAUUUCUCAGCCUCUUUCUCCUUCAGCUUGUCUUUCUUCUUCAUCCAGACAAUACAGUGGUACUUCAGAAAGUUCAUGGAAAGACGGAAUUAAAAGAUAAUAUGAAUCUUUCCAUGAACUUUUUGAAGUACCUAGGUAUUGCACAAUUUUAUAUCUAGAGCAUGACUGACAAAACUGGAAAGGGAAGAAAAAGUUUAAAUCUGGUUACAGGAGUAAGUCUCAAAGAGAAACACUGAAAGCUUGCAGAAUCACAGGUAUAAGACAAGGAUAGCAUUGACAUUUGCUGGGAGUUACAGUGAUGGUUUCAUCUCAGCAGUUCAUUUUUUUCCCUAGUCACUGCUGGUUUUCUUUGACUAUUAUACUUGCCAGGAAGAUCCUUGCUUUUCUUACUUUAAAACCAGCAUGUAAGUGGCAAGUUGGAUGUAAUGUAAAAAUUUCUCCAACCUUUACAGCAGUAAUAUAUUUAAGGGUUAAAAACCUGUGGGUUAUAUAGCUGCAUAUAAUAACAUAAUUUUCAAUCCCCAAAUCCUAAAUUUUGGAGUAUGUGAUAUUGUCAAACCUGGCCCAUCAUUUUUGGGGGUAUGUGCCAACAGAUAGUAAAAGAGGAUAGAAUAGACUUAAGUUAAUUUAAUUAUAAUUAUACGUAAAGUAAGGUACAAUACUUCAAUAUCCAAGGUCAUUUUUGUUACUUAAAGCCUUUCCCCUGCUGUACUCAGUGGGAAAAUUCUCAGCCAACCAAAAUAAAAUAAAACCACACACAAUGCACACACACACACACACACACACACACACACACAACAAAAGCAAAAAUCAGUGUGCAUUAAAUUUAUAAGUAAUGCAUUGAAUUUAAAAGACUAGUUUGGGAUGUUUUUGCUAUAUUUUGGUGGCAUUUUAAUCGUCAUCAGAAUUUUUAUGAAUUGUUCUUUCUCUUGUGAAGUUAACUGCCUAUUUUUUGUUUUUUAAGAUCAGGUUCUGUUUGUAAUGGUAAGCAUAACACUUUUAUCUCAUAGUGGGUUUUUAUUGUACAGAUUUGAAGUCAGUUUUUUAAACUGGUUCAUAAAAUAGUUUUGUGCUGUUCUUUCUAUCUAUGUCAACACUGUAGAAUAUCUUCAUGCCUCACUCAAGUGGGUUAUGAACCUGUGUCAUAAUAUGAACACUGGAGGUUCAUUCACCUAAGCCUCCACCCACCACACCAACGCAAACAAAAACCACAAGGAAAGACAGUAUCCUAGUUUGUUUUUAAAUGAAGUUUAGAUGCUUGCCACUUCCUAAAAGAAAACCUAAAACAGAGCAAAUAAGAGAUGCUCCCAGGUAUCACUGUGAACUUUUUCUUUCAAGGUUUGAAUUUUUACCCUGGAUCUUUCUUUCUUUCUUUCUUUCUUUCUUUCUUUCUUUCUUUCUUUCUUUCUUUCUUUCUUUCUUUCUUUCUUUCUUUCUUUCUCUCUCUCUCUCUCUCUCUCUCUCUCUCUCUCUCUCUCUCUCUCUCUCUUUCUUUCCUUCCUUCCUUCCUUCCUUCCUUCUUUCUUUCCUUCUUUCUUUCUUUCUUUCCUUCCUUCUUUCUUUCCUUCCUUCCUUCCUUCCUUCCUUCCUUCCUUCCUUCCUUCCUUCCUUCCUUCCUUCCUUCCUUCUUUCUUUCUUUCUUUUUUAUUUGAAUAAUGGAAAUGUGGCUUUGCAAUUUAGUGUUUUUCUAUCAAGACAAUGAAUUUGUUUGUUUAGAGCAAGUGACACUUAAUAGGUAGAAGAGCUGUCCUUUAAAACAUCCAGAUGAUAUGCCACAAUAUUGUACAUUUGUGCUCUCUCCUUUUCUCUCUCUCUCUCUUUCUAGUUAGAUCAAGAAACGAUGACUUGUAUCCUCCCUGAUUCCAUUACAGUAGGGUCCGGGAUUAGAACGUGACUGGCCUGGGCAAAUCUGUGUUUGUAAACAGGCCUUGUGCGUGCAUGUUUUGCUAUGAGUGAAGUUCCUUUAAAGACAAAGAAAAGUGCACUUUUCUUCUUUUGAAUAUAUCUGCAUUUGCUUAAAAUCUGCAAACUCUAAAACAUACACUCCUUCACCAAUCCCAGAGACUUGUUUUGGUAAUGAACCGGUUUCAAGCCAUUACUGUGAAUAAAGCACCCCAGCAUUUUUGUGUAAGUUCUUAAUUAAACCUGUACAGCUUCUUUAUCUGAUUCAGGAAAAGGGGAGAAGAAAUAGGGAAUAAGCUCCUUCAAACCCAUUCCAAGAACAAAUGAAUUUUUUUUUCUUUUUUUAUAAACAUGAUAUUACUUGAUUCUGUUGGGGUGGGUGUGGGUGUGCAGGGAUUGCCUUUUAUCACUAAGUGAUUUGUUUCAAGAGCCUUUAAGGGGAUUCAGGUGAAGGAACCCCUCCUUCUCUGCUGGAGAGUUGGAUACUCCUUGAAGUAGCCCCCACCAAAGUCAUAAAAACAGUGACAAUGCUGGAUUAUUUGUUAAGCCAGGGUUGUCUGCCUCAUAUCCAUCAUGCUGUUUGCAAUAUUGCAAUAUCCUUGCUUUCAACCAAUUUAUGCUGAGUGUAACUUUAGGAUUUCUACUAUUAAAAGCAUGCUCCCUAUUCUGCUUUAGUUUUGGGGUUUGUUUUGUCUGUUUCAAAAUCUGCAGCUUCCUCUUUUGUAUAAAAAAUUUUAUUCUGACUUCUACUUAAUAUAGUGUAAGGGUCAUCACUGAUUUUAUUUCCCUCUUUUAUGUAUUUCUAAAGAUUUUUGGCAUAUGAAUGUAAUGAUAUGGAAGUCAGUGACUCUAUAACUUGCACUGUUUUGCAUUAUGUCAAACUUUUUUAGGGAGUAAAAAAAGCCCUAUUAUGUUUUUAAAGAAUAUCAAGUAUAAGACCACUACUGGGGUGAAUAUACACACUGCAUGUUUUCAUAUGUGGCACUUUUAUGUAUUGUGUUGGGUUAUUGUUCUAGAUUGGGCUGUUAAAUACUAUGUUUGAGGCUGGGUUGUCAUUUUUAUAACUGUCUUGGUGUUUUAUUGCUAUUAUUUAUUACUUUUGAUAUACGGAAUGAGCUGCAUGCAUUUAUAGAGCAAUAAGAGGAUGUAUUUAAUGUGCCUUCUUUUUAACUGAAUAAGACUGAAAGCAUGAAUCAAUAAAACUGAUUAAA